CCCCGCGCGCUGGAGGCUCGCAGAGGCUGCGCCAUGUUGCGUCGCUAUGCUGUCGCUUUUGCGGCAGAGGUGAGCGAAGCCUUCGGGCGGCGGAGUAAAAAGUGGGCGACGUCGCAGUAAGAAGACGCGAAGGGACGGAGAAAGUUCCCCUCUUAACUGUCUCGCCCUGUUCCCGCGAACGAUCGGCGCCGGACUAAGAUGAGCGGUGUCAGCCCGUAACGGCCGCUCGCCAGCCCGGCCGCCCGCUCGCCUUCCCCGGCGCGGAUUACCCUCAGCUGCGGUUCGGGAGGCCCCGCAUUCAGUGUGUGAGAGUCUGUGUGUGAGAGUGUGGUUGUGUGCAUGUAUGUACGGCUGUGGGGGAGUGUGUGAGGGUGUGUGCGGGUGUGUGCGGGUGUCUGCGUACGGCCUCAGGAAGAGAAAGAUGAUGAAGAUCAUAACGAUGAUGAUGACGAAGAAGCUUCGGUGGGGCUGCAGCGGGUGAUCUGAACUGGAUUUUUCGUCCUUUGCCCCAUUCCCGUUAUUUUUUUCUUUUUAAAAAUAACAUUUCGUUCCCUGAAACCUGGACCCUGUCAGAGCUGUUGAUGAAGACCCCGUGUGGACCGUAAUGAGCGCACGCCUCCGCUUGCCGGCUGGCAGAUCCUACAAUGUCCGGGCGUCGGAGCUGGCACGAGACCGGCAGCAUGCGGAGGUGCUCUGUAACGUCCUUCUCCUGGAUAACACCAUCCAAGCCUUCAAAGUUGAUAAGCACGAGCGAGGACAGGCCCUGCUGGAUGUAGUCUUCAAGCACCUGGAGCUCACCGAGAGGGACUAUUUUGGGCUACAGUUGGCGGACGAGUCCUCAGACAGUCCGAGGUGGCUCGACACUAACAAGCUCAUCCGGAAGCAGUUAAAGAGAGGAUCACCUCACAGUUUGAACUUCAGGGUCAAGUUUUUUGUGAGCGACCCAAACAAACUUCAGGAGGAGUACACCAGGUACCAGUAUUUUCUGCAGCUCAAACAGGACAUCUUCAGUGGAAGGCUCCCCUGUCCGUACAGCACUGCCGCCCUGCUGGCCUCCCUCGCCGUUCAGUCUGAACUGGGAGACUACUGCCCGGAGGAGCACCUGCCCGGUUACCUGGCUGAAUAUCGCUUCGUCCCCGGCCAGCCAACAGACUUCGAGAAGGAGGUGGUGAAGCAUCACCAGCAGCACACAGGCCUGUCUCCCGCCCAAGCAGAAUUCAGCUACCUUAAUACGGCCCGAACACUGGAGCUCUACGGCGUGGAGCUGCACUACGCAAGAGAUCAAAGCAACACUGAGAUUUUAAUUGGGGUGAUGUCAACAGGAGUGGUCAUUUACAAGAACAGGGUCCGAAUCAACUGCUUCGUAUGGCUGAAGAUUGUAAAAAUAUCUUUUAAAUGUAAACAGUUUUUUAUUCAACUCCGGAGAGAAUUGCACGAGACGAGGGAGAAGCUUCUGGGCUUCAACAUGGUCAGCUACCGGGCCUGCAAGACGCUGUGGAAGGCCUGUGUGGAGCACCACACCUUCUUCCGGCUGGAGCGGCCUGCCUCACCAGACAGGGGCUUCUUCAGCCUCUACUUCACCCUGGGCUCCAAGUUCCGCUACAGUGGCAGGACCGAGGUGCAGUCGGUGCAGUAUGGCAAGGAGAAGGCUGUCAAAGAUCGCGUGUUUGCCAGGUCUCCCAGUAAGCCGCUGGUCAAGAAUCUGCUGAGCGGCAUGGACUGGGAAACUGUCAGCCGGAACUCUGUGUCUGAGGAGCGGCUGGAGACGCGGAGUCUGCCCACCCGCUCCCCGCCUGGGACCCCCGACCAGAGUCCCCCAUACGCGCAGACGGGGAUCCGCCCACGGCCGUCAUCCAUCGGACACCUGGUUGAUCACAUGAUCCACGAGUCGCCGAGUGACGUCUUCGCCAACCACAAGUCAGCCUCCUCCACCCAGGCGGACAGCAUCAGCCUGGAUUCCUCUUCAUCCCCCGACGCCAUAUUGGACGGGCAGCCCCCAGCCCUGCCUCCCAAACAGUCCAGGCGGAGCCUUUACACCCAGAGCAGCCUGUCCCAGUCGCAGCAGGAGCUGGACUACCACGUUGGCGAGAUGUUCGACACCCCUGUCACGGGGGACAAGGCCAUGCUGAACGGUGCCGUCCCCCAUGACAACUUGGUCCUGAUCAAGAUGAGGCCAGAUGAAAAUGGAAGAUUUGGCUUCAACGUCAAGGGUGGCUCUGACCAGAAGAUGCCUGUGAUCGUGUCCCGGGUGGCCCCUGGAACGCCGGCUGAUCUCUGUGUGCCACGCCUGAACGAGGGUGACCAGGUUGUGAUGAUCAAUGGCCGGGACAUCUCGGAGCACACACAUGACCAGGUGGUCAUCUUCAUUAAGGCCAGCUGUGAGAGCCAUUCUGGAGAGCUCAUGCUGCUGGUUCGACCCAAUGCCGUGUACGACGUGGUGGAGGAGAAGCUGGAUGCAGAGCCGGACUUCCAGUACAUCCCGGAGAAGUGUGCACAAGACCCCGCGUUGCUGGAUGGGGAGGCUUGGAGGGAGUCCAUGGAACAGCUGAAGGACGGGCUCAGCAGCGGCACUGUGCUGGCCCAGUUUGAGCAGUUAUAUCGGAAGAGACCUGGAAUGAUGAUGUCUUGUGCCAAAUUACCUCAGAACAUUUCCAAAAACAGAUACAGAGACAUCUCGCCCUAUGAUGCCACGCGGGUCAUCUUGAGGGGCCUGGAUGACUACAUCAAUGCCAACUACAUCAAUAUGGAGAUCCCGGGCUCCAGCCUCAUAAACCGCUACAUCGCCUGCCAGGGGCCCCUACCCAACACUUGUUCGGACUUCUGGCAGAUGGCCUGGGAGCAGGGCUCCUCCAUGGUGGUCAUGCUCACCACGCAGGUGGAGCGGGGUCGGGUGAAGUGCCAUCAAUACUGGCCGGACUCGGGGAACAGCGCCACCUACGGCGGCUUCCAGGUGGCCUGUCUCAGCGAGGAGGGCAAUGCCGCCUUCCUGAUCAGAGACAUGGUCCUCACUUGCCUGGAGAGCAGCGAGAACCGGCAGCUGACCCAGAUCCAGUACGUGGCCUGGCCUGACCAUGGUGUCCCUGAUGACUCCACCGACUUCCUGGACUUCGUGAACUUGGUGCGGAAUAAGAGGGCAGGCAGGGACGAGCCGGUGGUGGUCCACUGCAGUGCCGGGAUUGGCCGGACCGGGGUUCUCAUCACCAUGGAAACAGCAAUGUGCCUGAUGGAAUGCAGUCAGCCUGUGUAUCCGUUAGACAUUGUGAGAACAAUGAGGGAUCAGAGGGCCAUGAUGAUUCAGACCCCGAGCCAAUACCGCUUCGUGUGUGAGGCCAUCCUGAAGGUGUAUGAGGAGGGUCUGGUCAAGCCACUGAAGUCCGUGUGAGUGAUGACGGGGCGGUCCAGCCGUCGCCAGGCCCUGAAACCACAGCCGGCGCCCCAGCCUAGGCAAAUGGACACUUCCAGGAUGCUGUCACACCCGCCCGUUCUCUGUCGCAGGCUCCCCGGCACGCGUGAGAUGUUCCUAGGGUGCCCGACAGGACACCUCAGAGCUGGCAGUUGGGAGAAAACUUAGCACUCUUGCACUUUAUGUGGACAAAAAAAAAAAAAAAAACACAAAAAUACAAGAAUCAUUCAGAAACAUCCAGUCAUAGUCAAGGGACAAAGAGCUACUGCUCAGGGCGAAAGCAAACAUGAUGGUGAUGAUGGUGAAGGUGGUGGUGGUGGUGGUGAUGAUGAUGGAGGUCCAUAGUGCCAUUACCAGAGGCAGGAUAAACAUCUGUAGUCCCUGCAGGCUGCCCCCAGGUAAUGCUCGCCUUUUCAGUCUUUUGCUUUGUUCGCUGUCUGUCUUCUGCCAGAGUCUUAGCGAUGUGCAGAAGCACCGCCCACCAGUUAGGGGUGUGGCCUCCCUAGGACACCCACGGUUUUUGUUUGCACAUCCGAACAGCUACUGAUGCAGGGGGUGUCCUGUGAGCGAAUCGUCAGCACGGACACUCCUGGGAGGCAGCUUGGGGCUUGAAGCUGUGCUGUUUUUCUCCUUAAGCCGUAGCUGGUGCUCUCUGCCUUUGCCACAUCUACUGAUUUUUAUUUAUUAUUAUUUUUUUUAUUUCAUCUGGCGGCCACCCACAUUUAAGUAUCUGCGAGGCUGAUUUUAGUGCUAAAUUCUGGUCUGUCGGGGAAGCCUAACUCAACUAAGUGAAUUUAUGUCAAAUUUAAGGUAUUUCUCAGUUUUGUUUUAGGAUUUUUUUUCUCUCAAAUAAUACGGUGAGAAAAUCUGAGUCCCCAAUCAUGGUGGUCUUCCUCAGUUGUUAAAGGGAACGAAUGCAGUUGAUUUUGUGGGAAUUUAGGUACAAAUGACACUGCGUUUGUGGUCUGCUCACUGGCCUUGAGCAGUGCAGUACUCUCACCAAACCAAAAGAGUUUUUAUUUCUUUGUUUUAAAUAGAUCGAUGGCAACAUGUGGACAAGGGGCUCUAACCACAACUGGCUGAAAUUUUUCUGUAAACUGAAAUCCUGCAGUUUCCAUGUAGCCCCCUUGGUGGUGCUGUGAGCAUUUCUGUCUCUGUGGAGUCAUCUAAGGCAGUCAUCUAAACGCACGAGAGGCUUUGUGGCCUCUGCAGAGUCAGGAACGCCCCAUCCCUGCCUUUCCCAGCAUGCUGUGCUUGUGUUCAAACGUGCACAGUACUCUGGGCUCAGUGCCAAACUGAUGAUACUACACCGCACCUCACUCCCCUCCCCCCCCCCCCUCGUCGCUUUGAGAAGUGUAUACCCCCAGAAACCAAACCACAGAAGUUCUGGCAGCGGGGGGUGGGGGGGCUGGCAGGUGCCCCCCUCGGUGCUGCUGGUGCUCUGAGGCUGGUCCCCAUGGGGGGGUAAUUUGGGCAGGGCUGCACACGCCAGUGUCCUUCAUGCUUCAGGACCAGCGGUGUUCAUCUUGAAUGUUCAGCGACGUGCUUGUUGGCUUGUUACGCGAUAGCAUAAGCUAUAUAUUUGUUAUGGGGUUUUGUUAAAAAAGAUAUUUUGUAAGACGAACACUCUUUGGGAAUGGACAGCACUUUGCAGCUGACUGUGUGGCCUAUAGUGCUACUCAGAUCCUGUCUGGGGAACGAUGAUGAGGAACUCUUAUUUAUCGCUAAUAUUUGCUGGGGGGUCAGGUAGGGUAAAAUCGGAAGCAGGCCGUGCCAUUUAUUUUUGUGUACAUAAAUUAGAUUGUGUAAAUACAUUGUUUGUUGUAUAUUAAAAAUCUUUAAAAUAAAAGGACAUCUUGUGUGUUUAAAUGUUAUUUUUAUAUAAAAAAGAAAUAAGUCUGAAAAUGACGAAAUUUGUUUUCCCUUGGACAGUACCCUAAGAGAUGCGAGUACAUUUGGAACCUUGCUGGUGUAAAGUGCUUUCCAUUGAUCCAGACACAUACUCACACACACACACACACUGUGAGAGCGAAUGGGAAUCCACUCACCUUAACACCCAGAGGGGAGAGGUUUUGUCAAAGCCAGCAAUCGUUACUGUGACCUUUUUCUGAUUGGUGUGUUCAUUUAUGGACCUUUUAACCAAUGAUCUGCUGGAAUGCCGAGAGGCAGUUUAAACAGGCCCUGGGAGAUUCCUGCUCUGUCAAGCUUGUGUUAAUCGAGGGUGAAUCACACGCCUCUGCUGGUAAUGUGAUCACCUAACCCAUGUCAGGCUCUGUAUGAGGGAAGGGAUCCGACCUUAAGGAUGAAGCCACCAUUAUGGUUUAAUUUCAACCACAUGUCAGAAUCAAAAAAUAAUUUAUUGUUAAUGCAGUUAUACAGGAGAUGUUUUGAUCCAAGUAAUAUUUCCUACACUACUGUACAAUGCUUCAGUUUAAUUCUUCCAAGUCACAAUUUCAAAUGCAAUUUAAUUUUAUAAAAUUUUGUUGUAUUAUCUCAGGCAAUGAAUCAUGGGAUAAAAAGGGAUUGUCCUCGAAUUCUGAAUUCUUACACUGAUAAUCUGUGCUAUGUUGCCCCCUACAGGUCUGGUAAUGCCUUGGCUUCCACCUCUAAGCUCCUUCCACGUUUUUAAUGGCUGGCUUUGACAAAACCCAGCGGGAUGGAUUCAAAUUAUUCCAUUUUGAAAAUAUAAUAAUUUAUGAUGAUCCCUCUUGUUCAAGGAUAUGGACAGUGCUUUGAAGAUGUUUACAAUACUGUUUAUUAAUGAUCAAACGCGUGUCUGCUGGGGGGGGGGGGGGGGAAAUUUGUGUUUACAGAAGCUAGUUAUGCUGAACAUUGACGUACAUGAGCAGAAGAAUCGUGUGUUGACAUACAUGCAUACCUAGGGCCUGUAUUACAAAGCAUGAUUUCUUGCUUAGCUGGAUAACUUAUUAAAUUUCGGUAGUCUGUGAUAAAUGUAUGUAAACAAAGAUAAAGUCGAUUAAACUGGGGUCCUUUAAUCUGACAAGUUAUCUAGCUAACCAACAAAUCUGGCUUCGAGAUACAAGCCCCUGGUCUUUCCUUGAUCAGCAAUUAAGGUUUAAACCAACAUGUAAACCUUGUUUGAAUUAUCAUGAAUGUUUUUGGCUCCAGUAUGAUAUAUUAGAGAGCUAAUUAUCCUGAGCUGUAUUUCUGCGCAGUUGUGGUAUAAAUAGAUCAGUGACUCCUCAUAAAUUAAAUAUUGCUACAGAAACUGCGUUAUUAAGAGUCUAUACUAAGACAUUUAAAUGCUCUUUGUUGUCAUGCUGUUCAAGAACUGAAUGUAUCAACCUUUCAUACGUUAUAGAGACUUUCCGAGGGUCAGAGGUCUGUGACUUGGAUUCUGAAAGGAAAAUAUUUUUUCAUACCACUUGUAAAAAGAGAAUAGUUUGUACACUUCCAAGUGAAUAUAUAAGUAUAGGUCAAAGGUUAUUUCACUGAUCCCACUUCAAAUCUGUGAUUUAGUCCUCUAAGGGCAACGGAGGAGCUGUGCGAAGCCCCUAUAUGUUUUCAUUGUACAUAAGAGCAAUACGAUGUCUGUUUAGUGCCAAUGUUGUGUAAAGUAAAGUCUUAUUUCUGCUUAAAGAUGGAACUAUGCUAAUCUGUGGUCACUUUCUUUCAGUAGCCCUUUCGGUUGUUGUUUUUUUCCCCUCUCUCACGCUUCAAAAUGAAGGUGGUAUUUGAGGAA